AUGCGAUUUGUCGGCUACAGCCUUACACAGAAAGGAUACAGGCUAUAUGAUGAGAAUCGACAAAGAAUCUUCAUUCGCAGAUAUAUAACCUUUAAUGAAACAUACUUCGGGUCUACAAAAGUUCAAAUGAAGUGCGACGAAGACAGUACUGAAUGCGCUGAAGAAGAAAUGGAAUUAAAGGGCAAAGAUGUGAUAACCGUGGAUGAACAGCAAGAUCUCCCAGUGGAUCCUCGACGCUGAGGGCGAGAGAGAAAUCCACCAAUUUACUAAUAAGACGAGUAUGCUACAAUCACUACAGCGAAAUAUGCAGUACUUUAUGUAGCUGAAAUCGAAGAGCCAGAAACGUUAAAGGACGCUCUUGACAGUGAACAUGCAACACAGUGGAAAGCAGCUGCAGAUGCUGAAUACCAGUCUUUGUUAGAGAAUGAGACUUGGGAGUUAGUUGAACUGCCAGCUGGACGUAAGUCUAUCAGUUUCAAGUGGGUUUUCAAAGUCAAGUACGAUGAGACAAAAAAGGUAGAAAGAUUUAAAGGUCGUCUGGUGGCUAAAGGUUUCCUGCAAAAAUAUGGAAUUGACUAUGAUGAAACAUUCUCUCAGGUGGUUCGUUUUUCGUCAAUCCGUGCUCUUCUGGCUUUUGGUGUUUCUCGACGAAUGUUGAUCCAUCAAAUGGAUGUAGUAACAGCAUUCCUAAACGGUACUUUGGACGAGGAAAUAUAUAUGCAACAGCCCGAAGGCUAUGUCGAACCAGGAAAAGAAGGGCUAGUGUGUCGCCUCAAGAAAUCGCUUUAUGGCCUAAAGCAAAGCCCACGCUGUUGGAAUAACGUCUUCAAAGAAUUUAUGUUAUCACUGGGAUUUGUUCAGAGUGUUGCAAAUCCAUGUAUAUUCAUUCGUGUCCUCAAGGAUAAGUUGACGAUUAUAUUGUUACUGUUCAUGUUGAUGACCUGA